AUGGCGUCUUAUCUCUCGUACUUCACAUCCGGAACCGUUUCAGGUCAAGCAAACCAGUACGGGCAGCACAAUGCGUCGAAUAACUCCUCCACCUCCACAUGGUCUAGUGCCUUCUCGUCGCGCAUAUCAACACUGCGGAAAGCCCUGACGAAGGACUCCGAGGAGGACGACCCAGAUCAUGAAGAUUGCUCGCAUGUCUCGAACGUACUUCGAGCAUACUACAUGGAGAAAGGACGGACGUUUCCCGAAUGGCUCCCACCAGAUCCGAAGAAACCUGCGCCAGCACCACCUCCACCACCUCAAAAUAUGUAUAAUCAGUAUGGAGCAGGAUACGGCUCGCAGUACGGCAGCCAGUCUGAUUCCAGCAGACAAUCUUCCGUGCAACAGGGUGGUUUGUCGGAUCUCUGGGAUUCGUCACCUAAUCCUCAACCUCAACCGCAAUCGCAAAGCCUUCGAGCACCAAGGCCAACACCACAGUCGCUUCGGCCCCACGAGAACUCGUCAAGUCACUUAGCACCAUCGUAUUCCCAGCAAUCAGGUUCUGCUCGACCUUUACCUAGUCAGCGCGCUGGUAGCUUCCAGAACACUGCUGCAGCGUCACCUGCCUUGGGUUCUCGUGAUCGGUUACGUGCAAAGCUGCAGGGUGGAGGGAGUGGGCGAAGUUCACCGGCUCCCCAGGGCCAGCAAUCCUAUAGCGGCUCGGCUUUCAGCUUCGAGUCAGGCGGUGGCAGUGGGGGAUCGCCAUAUGUUUCUGCGUCGGAACCCUGGUCGAGUUCGGGUGGAAAUCCUUACGACCAACCAACAGGCAAUCCUUAUGCUGAUUCACGACCUUCGCGUGCACGCCCAGGUGGGCUGCCCUCUGGUCCGAGAGGACCGCGAUAG